CGCGCGUAACAACAACAACAACAAAGUAUACCAGCAACAACCACAACAACAACAAAUUAAAUACAUAAAUCUAAGCAAAAAGAUAAAGAAAAUCUAAAGCAAAGAUUUUAACAAAUGUGCCUGUGUUAAAACCGAAUGAAAUAAGAAGAAGAAGAAGCAGUAGUAGAAGCAUAAAGUGCAAAAAGAAGAAGAACUAUAAAAAGAGAGAAUUAAUAUUCAAAAUAUUAUAAAUACACAUAUUCUAAUAAUAUUUUUGUGAGUGUCAAGCAACAAAAAGCCAGAAAAAAUAAAUAAAAUACUAAAACAUCAAGCGUAGCAGGAGGCCCCAAACAGAUCUCGAGAUCUACAGAGAUCAUCACGACGCCGCCGAGGACGCCGACGCCGAAGAGGACGAGGACGAGGACGCAAGGGACGCGGGCCCCUCGUUUUGUGUUGCGCCGCCAACUGUUGUCUGUACACCACUAAAAGUGGCACAAAUCGGGUUAGACGUCGCUCCCAGAGCAUUAAUGGCUCAGCCUAGGUAUGACGAUGGCCUGCAUGGCUACGGCAUGGACUCUGGCGCCGCAGCAGCGGCGAUGUACGAUCCACAUGUCGGCCAUCGGCCGCCGGGACUGCAAGGCCUCCCCUCACACCAUUCACCGCACAUGACGCAUGCCGCGGCAGCGGCCACAGUUGGGAUGCACGGCUACCAUUCCGGGGCCGGAGCGCAUGGUACACCUAGUCAUGUAUCACCGGUUGCUAAUCACCUCAUGGGCGCAAUACCCGAGGUACACAAACGUGAUAAGGAUGCGAUUUAUGAACAUCCGCUAUUCCCGCUCUUGGCGCUAAUAUUCGAGAAAUGCGAAUUGGCCACAUGUACGCCGAGGGAGCCAGGCGUGCAAGGUGGCGAUGUUUGUUCGUCGGAAUCGUUUAACGAGGAUAUUGCAAUGUUCAGUAAACAGAUAAGAUCACAGAAACCCUACUAUACCGCAGAUCCCGAAGUCGAUUCACUGAUGGUGCAAGCAAUACAAGUGCUUCGGUUUCACCUUUUAGAAUUAGAAAAAGUGCAUGAACUAUGCGAUAAUUUCUGUCAUCGAUAUAUCUCAUGUUUAAAGGGUAAAAUGCCAAUAGAUUUAGUGAUUGACGAACGGGACACCACCAAACCACCAGAAUUAGGUUCAGCAAAUGGUGAAGGAAGAAGUAAUGCCGAUUCAACAUCGCACACCGAUGGAGCUAGUACACCAGACGUUCCCCACUCUCAAGACUUUGCGCCGCUGGAAGAAACCUAUGCCAGUUAUCGCAUCAAGCACGAAGCGGACUUUUAACUCGCUACGUGUGUCUGUGUGUGUGCGUGUGCAUGUGUGUAUGUGAAUGUGUGUGAGAGUGUAUAUGUGGGUGGGUGGGCGUGUCGCAUCAGUAGCCCAGAACUAAAGGAAAAAAGGAAAACUGUACACAAACUCGAUCAGAAUACGCGCAGAGCAAAGUUCUUCUAUAUAUAUAUAAACUCUAUAAAAAUAAAAUAUACCUUUAGCAUGUAGAUGUACGAAUCAAGCCUAGGCUGCUUACAAGUUGACAACAAAAAAAGAAAGAAAAAAAAAAACAUUCAAAAAUGAAAAGAAAUGUUACAAGGAAAAACGAAAAGUUUAUUCUCAUUUUGUUUAGCUUUUCAAUUCAUUCUUCACUUUAGCAAACGAGUAUACGAUUUUUCAAUACGUCCUUUUUCAAUGUGUUUUACAACACUGAAAGAACUUGCCAAAAACAAAAAAAAAAUAAAUAAAAAACAAAACAAAUUUAUAUCCCUUUCUUGUUAGACUUUUAUUUAACUAGUUUUUUUUUUUUCAUUAUUUUUAUCAUUCUUAUUUCGACACGUUCUUAAGGAGAAUCGAGAACCAAGUGCAACUCAUAUACGUAAAUGAAAAGAUACAUAAGCAUAAAAAAAUCAACCUGAGUUCAAAUGCAAAGUAUACGAAUAAAACAUAAAGUAAAACAUAUGUUUUUCUAUUAUUGUUUAUUACAAAUCUUAAAACUAAAAAACAAAAACAAAAAAUACAGAUUAAAGUUAAUUUAAUUAAUUGAGAAUUGAAACGCGCAUAUACGAUGACAUUUUAAAUGAGCUAGAAUCCGUGCGAAACUUAACUUAAUAUACGUAAUGAACGGGAUACUGUUUAGGUUAUGAGAAGAUCAAGAAAAAAACAAAAAUUAAAUAAAAAAAAAAAAAAAAUAAAACAACUUUAAGCAUUUACUAAGAAAAAUUUUUAACUAUACAAGUGAAUACGUAAAAUGCUAAACACGAUACUAUUAUUAUAAAUAAAUGUAAUUAAUAAUUAAUAACAAGAUAUAAAAAUACGUAGCAACAGCGCAGCUUUUGGUGCUCAAAACAGCAGUUAAGAUGAAUGAGAUGGAAUAAGAUAAUCCCUUACUAUCCCAAACAUACUUACAACUAGACUAGACCCAAACCCAAACCCAAACACAACAGACCCAAUGUAGAUCAGCUGCAAUUGCAACUAGUUUUGUUGAUGGUAGAUGCGUUUGGGUCCCCCAACUCUAUGUAUACUAUAGCGGUCUAACUAAAUGUACGUUAUAUAGUUCUUAGUAUCCGUAACGGAAGGCUACGUAUUAGUAUGUAUGCUAAGCUUAACUUAAACUCUAUGUUUACCCAUCUUAACUAAUUUCCGAUGAACUCUUCCCAGCUCUAGGCACUUCUAUCUCUAUCGCUAUAUUCUACCAACCUUCUUCAGUUAAUGCAUACUAAAAAUAAAAAUCCAAAAUAAUAUAAAAACAAAAAACAAAAAAAAACUACCAAACAUUGUACUUAAUGGAACUGCACUCGGUUGCAGUCCAGCUAUAUGGGCAGUCAUUUGUAUACUUACUUACACUUUAUGAGUAGACCAUAAAACCAGAAGGUUGAUUAGUGAAAGAAACCAGGCAACAACCUACUAACUAAAAACGAGAAUACGUCAAAGCUUUUGUACUAUUUUUUCAACUUAUGAUAAUGAAAAAAAUACACACAAAA